AUGGCGAUGGAAAGGUUGAGAAGGGCUGCUGAAGCAGGAGAUAUCGAUGAAUUGUAUAACAGUAUUGGGGAAGAUGCAGAUGUCUUGAGGCGCUAUGAUGAUGUAGAAUUUGCUGAUACUCCACUACACGUAGCUGCAGAGAGGGGCCAUGCUGAUUUUGCAAUAGCGAUCAUGUACUUAAAGCCAUCAUUUGCUAGGAAGCUGAACCAAGGCGUCUUUAGCCCCAUUCACCUUGCCUUGCAACAAGGGCACACGUCGACGGUUCUUCGUCUCCUGGAGGUUGACAAAGAUCUUGUUCGCGUCAAAGGGAAACAGGGCUACACUGCUUUUCACUUCGUGGUUGAGAACGAGAGCCUUGAACUUUUGGCUCAAUUUCUCAAAGGUUGUCCGGCAUGCAUCGAAGAUGUAACAAUUCAAAAGAAGACUGCCUUACAUAUUGCAGCAGAAAAACAUAGAUUUGAAGCUCUUGAAAUCCUUGUGCGGUGGCUUGAAAAGACUCAUCUCUACGGCAAAGUUUCAAGAAAGCACCUAUUGAAUGCAAAAGAUACAGAUGGCAACACGGUGUUACAUAUAGCCGCUUCCCAUAUUCAACCCAAGAUGAUCGGGCUGUUAUUAGACUGUAAGGUGGAUACGAAGGCGGUUAAUUUAGAAAAUUUGAUUGCUUUAAACGUCCUUGAGCGCCAAAGGGAUGGUGUAAUUGAAGACAAAGAGAUAUGUUUGAAGAUUCUAAGCGAUACGGAAGGUUCUGCUGGUUUGAGUGCUUUAUUCAAACCUAAAGCUAAAGCUGAACCCUUACACGAGAAGUUUAGAUCAAGGAUCACAUUUCUGGAGAAAGCAGCAAUUCGAGCAUUGGGGCCAAUCAUGAACAUGUCGGUUGAGAGUAUGAAUGCAUUCCUAGUAGCGUUAGCACUGAUUAUAACAGCCACUUUUGAAUCCUUACUCAGUCCACCGGGCGGUGUUUGGCAAGGCAACGAUCCCAAUGGCACUAGGGUUGGCAAUUCAGUCAUGGAUGUGAAUACCUUUUUAAAUUUCUUCGGGAGUCUCUUUUGUUUGGCUUUUAUGUCAUUCUCUCUUACCAUUGCCAUACUCCAACUUGCUACUGGUAGUAGUGUCAUCGCGAUUCUGGCUGAAGUACUAAUGGUACUUCUAAUCCGAUCCUUAUAUUAUGCGUGGUGGACUAUAAGACCAGCUCAUGAUAUAUAUAUAUACAGCAAGGAUCCAGAUAUUGCAGGGCUCGUGAUCGCUUUGCUUAUUUUUUCAGUAUUGGAAGCCAACAGAUGGCUCUUUAAAAUUUUCAAGAGAUUGUAUUUGAACCAUCGAAUGUAAACGGAGAUUGAACCAUGGAAUGUACAAGGAAGAUUCACUCACGCACCGGCGUGUCUUUUUAUAUUUUCAUGUUCGAUUAUUAUUUUGACUUUUUAAUGAAA